UCGAUUCGUGGUCUUUGAGCCGGGGGUCGAGCCGGGUGCCGGAGGGGUCUUUCCGGCUCCGGCCUUUUAGACCUGCCUCCCAGCUGUAGCACCUGUAGGCGGCUGGCGCAGUCUCCGGCGCCAGUGCAGCGGGCUGCGCCCAGGUGGGCGGGUGGGUUUCGUUUUCGUGCCACGGUGCUUGGCACAGAUUAAGCAAGCGGUCAGGAGAUGGCAGAGGGUUAUUUUGAGAACACGGUGGCAGCGCUUGACCCGUUGGCGCUCACUGAGUGCUGGUUGUGAGGACUGCGCCGGGCAUGGCGGAUGCCACAGGCAGGAUACUGGGCCCUGGUCUCAGGGAACUGGGGGGUUGGAGAGGAGCCAGAACUGUGAAUCCACAAUUACAACCCAAUGUGAGAAUCCAUCUUGAGAUGGGUAAGAAGGGAUGCGAGAAAGGAGGUUGAAGAAAGGCACGUAUUUGGCACUUACUAGGAAUGCAGUUAAGUCUUUUUUAAGUAAAACGGAAGAGCAGGUAGUUCUGCUUCCUCCCCUUCCCUUGGUUUUGUUCCAGCAAUCAAUGAGCCACUCUCUUGAAUUCGGGAGAAGGGUCAGCCAGGCUGGUCUUGAUAUCCUUCCUCUCCUUACUUCUGAUGGCCAUCCCUGCUGAGGAGCUGGAGUUUUAGGUCAGGCUCAAAAUGGGCGUCCCAAGGAAGAAAAAUCGUUGGUACAAGUGUUUUUUGUUGUUGUUGUUGUUGUUGUUUUUUACUUUGGCCUUGACUCCUUGACUUUGGACCUACGAGCUUGUGUUGUGUGCGUUUCAGGGGAGAGGAGUAGUGGAGUUCAUCAAUUUCUCAAGAGUCUAGGACCCCAAAAUAGUUAACCCCGGUUUAGCUGUGGCUGUUCCCUGAAAGGAAUGAACUUGGCCUGGUUGUUCCUCUGAUGCCCCAUGUCACCACACAUUGGAUUUUCACUACUAAAAAUGGGUGUUUGCCCAUUGCUGUGUAAGAGUUGUGUUCUGUCUUGUUUUUAAGUAUUUGUCUUGUUUUCUCCACCGAACUGGCCAAUGACGCCGUGCCCUCUGCUGGCCUGCCUGUGGUUGCCAUGGCUCAGGGCUUCGUAUGUGGUGGCUGUGCAGUCACUAUAAUUAAUUAACUGACUUGGGUGCUGGGUGUAAGGAGAACAGCCUGGAAUGCAGGCACAGAUGGGACAGCUUUUGUUCCGAGUAGGACACAAAUUCAUGCCCUUAAUUGAAUUUGGGUCUGGUUACUUGUGGAAUCCAGCCAAUGUCAAGUUCUAACCCAUGACAGGGUCUUUUUGGAGUAGCACGAACUCAGGAGAAACCUGGCUGCUCUGUCAUGCCCACACUCUUUCCAACCUGCAUGCAGACAGACUGUUUCAAGUAACAGGAGAUGUUCCAGGCAGGGCCAGGCUGAGCUCUGCCUUCUUUGGAGAGUAAUCCAGUGACCCUGAACGUCUGUUGGUCUCCUAUCCACCAACCCCUGCAGUCUCCAAUCAACAUCCCCCUCCUUCAAUCCGGCUUCUGCAACUAGAGCCUCAGCCCUCCCUCUUGCCUGGAAGCCUUGCCCCCGCCCCCUUGCGCAGGGCCCCAGCUAGUCUAGCUCUGGGCUCUUCCCUUGUCACAGCUUCCUCUGCCCAGAGGAACACACUCGCUGGGAAAGUUUCCUCUUAUUUCUUCCCCGCCCACUCUGGGUCCCAGCUAGCAGAGAUGGACCAUCCAACACCCAAGGUUCUCCCAGCCAGACCCCGUGGCCCCUCCCUAGGAAUGUGGGCUUUGGAGACCGGCAGGGUGAGGUUCUCAGUGCCACCCUCCAUCAGGAACCCGGCCAUGGUGAACGAACCCAGAGGGGAUGGCGGCCCCCCUCCCCGCUCAGAGGGCAGCAGCAGCGGCAGCGAGAGCUCCAAGGAGAGUUCAAGAUGUUCCACGCCCGGGCUGGACCCCGAGCGCCACGACAGACUCAGGGAGAAGAUGAGGCGGAGGAUGGAAUCUGGUGACAAGUGGUUCUCCCUGGAAUUCUUCCCUCCUCGGACGGCUGAGGGAGCUGUCAAUCUCAUUUCAAGGUUUGAUCGGAUGGGGGCAGGUGGCCCCCUCUUCAUAGAUGUGACCUGGCACCCAGCAGGGGACCCUGGCUCAGACAAGGAGACCUCUUCCAUGAUGAUUGCCAGCACUGCCGUGAACUACUGUGGCCUUGAGACCAUCCUGCACAUGACCUGCUGCUGUCAGAGCCAGGAACAGAUCACAGGCUACCUGCACAAGGCCAAGCGGCUGGGACUGAAGAACAUCUUGGCGUUGAGGGGAGGUGUGGAGGCAGCCCUCUACUCUCUGGGAUCUUGCUUCCUCGAAGGCCUCUUCUGUCCCUACCCCGUGGGUGACCAGUGGGAAGAGGAGGAGGGAGGCUUCAGCUAUGCCGCGGACUUGGUGAGGCACAUCCGAAGUGAGUUCGGGGACUACUUUGACAUCUGUGUGGCAGGUUACCCCAAAGGCCACCCCGACGCAGGGAGCUUUGAGGCUGACCUGAAGUACUUGAAGGAGAAGGUAUCCGCAGGAGCCGACUUCAUCAUCACCCAGCUUUUCUUUGAGGCUGACACAUUCUUCCACUUUGUUAAGGCUUGCAGCGAGAUAGGCGUUACCUGCCCCAUCCUCCCCGGAAUCUUUCCUAUUCAGGGCUACCACUCCCUUCGGCAGCUCGUGAAACUGUCCAAGCUGGAGGUACCGCAGCAAAUCAAGGACGUGAUUGAGCCAAUCAAAGACAAUGAUGCUGCCAUCCGAAACUAUGGCAUUGAGCAGGCCGUGAGCCUGUGCCAGGAACUUCUGACCAGUGGCUUGGUGCCAGGCCUCCACUUCUAUACCCUCAACCGUGAGAUGGCCACCACAGAGGUGCUGAAGCGUCUGGGCAUGUGGAUUGAGGACCCCAGGCGUCCCCUGCCCUGGGCUGUCAGUGCCCACCCCAAGCGCCGGGAGGAAGAUGUACGUCCCAUCUUCUGGGCCUCCAGACCAAAGAGUUACAUCUACCGCACGCAGGAGUGGGAUGAGUUCCCCAACGGCCGCUGGGGCAAUUCCUCCUCUCCAGCCUUCGGGGAGCUGAAAGACUACUACCUCUUCUACCUGAAGAGUAAGUCCCCAAGGGAAGAGCUGCUGAAGAUGUGGGGGGAGGAGCUGACCAGUGAAGAAAGUGUCUUUGAAGUCUUUGCCCGCUACCUCUCAGGAGAGCCCAACCAACAUGGUCACAAGGUGACUUGCCUACCUUGGAAUGACGAGCCCCUGGCUGCCGAGACCAGCCUGAUGAAGGAGGAGCUGCUGCGAGUGAACCGGCAGGGCAUCCUCACCAUCAACUCUCAGCCCAACAUCAACGGGAAACCAUCCUCCGACCCCGUUGUGGGCUGGGGCCCCAGUGGGGGCUAUGUCUUCCAGAAGGCCUACUUGGAGUUCUUCACUUCCCGAGAGACGGUGGGGGCGCUUCUGCAGGUGCUGAAGAAGUAUGAGCUCCGGGUUAAUUACCACAUCGUGGACGUCAAGGGUGAAAACAUCACCAAUGCCCCUGAGCUGCAGCCCAACGCAGUCACUUGGGGCAUCUUCCCUGGGCGAGAGAUCAUCCAGCCUACAGUGGUCGAUCCUGUCAGCUUCAUGUUCUGGAAGGACGAAGCCUUCGCCCUGUGGAUCGAGCAGUGGGGCAAGCUGUAUGAGGAGGAGUCUCCGUCCCGCAUGAUCAUCCAGUACAUCCAUGACAACUAUUUCCUGGUCAACUUGGUGGACAAUGAGUUUCCUCUGGACAACUGCCUGUGGCAGGUGGUGGAAGACACGUUUGAACUUCUCAACAGGCCCACGCCGGAGCAAGGGGAAGAGGCUCUAUGAUCCUGCACCAUCGUGUCCUUGGCUUGAGCCCACUGGUGUCCUGCCUUCCUCCUCCCCAGUCCUGGUUUUCCUGGGGACCCCUCCUCUCUUUCAUUUCUCCCCAAGUCCCAGCUGCCACUCCUCAUGUGAUGGCAGCUGGACUGGUGUGAGGCUUCCAGGCUCUGGCUGGACUGGAGCCAGCUCCGCGAGGGAGCCUGGUCUUCCUUGCUCGGCCUAGAGUCUGUGCUCUGUAUGAGGAACACCUCCCUCCGCAGAGGACCUGGUGGGUGGAACAACAUCCUCCCUGAGAAGAAGAGGGGGUGUUUGUUGCUGACUGAGCCCCUGAACCAGGGCAGUUCCUGGGACCUUGCACUUCGGACCUGCGGGGACAGCAAAGUGAACCCGGGUGGUAGGCACUUGCGGCACUGCCCAAGAGACCAGCCAAGCAGAGCCCCCCCCCCC